UCCAUCUCUAAGAUCAGUAUGAACAUGAGUCUUUUGCUGGCUUUUUUCACUUCCAUCUCAGUGGCUCUCGGAGGGACCCUUCAGAUCAUUGACUAUGAAGGCCAGUGCUUCAUGUAUUCCACGGAAAAUUUCAACUGCACUGGUGUCUCAGAGCCAUUUGCACCUCUUGAAGGCGCCUUCUGCUCCAGUAAGAAACCCACUGACGAUGAAGAGCAUUUCUAA